AUGGCAAUCAUCAUACCAUGUUUCUUUCUUUCUUUCUUUCUUUCUUUCUUUCUUUCUAAGCCUGUUCAUCUAUCUAUCUAUCUAUCUAUCUAUCUAUCUAUCUAUCUAUCUAUCUAUCUAAGUGUUGUGCCUGUUCAUCUAUCUAUCUAUCUAUCUAUCUAUCUAUCUAUCUAUCUAUCUAUCUAUCUAUCUAAGCCUGUUCAUCUAUCUAUCUAUCUAUCUAUCUCAGCCUGUUCACCUAUUUAUCUAUCAAUCAAAUUAUUUAUUCUUACCCAUCAUUUUUUCUUUACUUCGACGUUCCUUUCUUUCAUCAUUCUUUCUUUUUACUUCAAAAAUUUAUUCUUUUUCAAUUUUUUUUUCUUUGGUUCUUUCUUUUACAGUGUGAUUCUUUCUUUCUUUCAUUAUGAAAUUCUUUUCACCUUCCUUUUUUCCUUGAUUACCAUUCAUUCAUUCAUUCUUUCUUUUUUUCUUUCUUUCUUUCUUUCUUUCUUUUACUACGAAAUAUCUUUUUCACUUCAUUUUUUCCUUGAUAUUCUCUCUUCCUUUCUUUUACUGCGUGAUUCUUUCUUUUUUUUUCUUCUUCUUUCUUUCUUUCUUACACUGCGUAAUUCUUAUUUCUUUCUUUCACUACGUGAUUCUUUCUUUAUUUCUUCCUUUCUUUCACUCCGGGAUUCUUCCUUUCUUUCUUUCUUACACCGCGUAAUUCUUUCUUUCUUUCUUUCUUUCUUUCUUUCUUUCUUUCUUUCUCCCUUUGUUACACUGCGCGUCUUUGUUUUAUAUGAAAAUGCUUUUUUUUUUAACUUUCUUUUUGCUUUUUUCUUUCUUUCUAUUUCUUUUCCUUUAUUUUUUUUCCCGUUUUUCUUUUCCUUUUUUAACUUUAUUUCUAUUUUCUUAUUUUGCUCCUCUUUCUUUUUUAAUCUUUUUUCGUAUUAG